GGGAACCAGGCUUAGUAGAGUUGGGGAAGCAAUCCGAAGCUGCUGCAUUUGGGAAAAAAAGGGGAGUCCGAAAAAGGUGUUCUGUCGAAGGAAGAAGAAGAAAGAAUGAAAGCAUCUACAGCUGGGUACCUUGCUGGUACAAGCGUUUUGAUUGGUUUAGUGUAUUUACUAUACAAGAAUCAGACACAGCCUCUGACGGAGGAACAUGUCUCCUACCGUUCUCAAGGCAUGACUAAAGAUGUUGUUUUGGAAGGAGCAUUUUCACAAGAACGGAAGAGUGUUGUACAUUCCCAGGACUUUAAUCCUAUGAUGAUUCCAAUCAAAAGAAAUAGCUCGUUUGAUUAUAAGGAAGCUAUGAAAAAAUUAAAUGAAGAAAAAGUUGACCAGGAUGAUCCACGCUUGAUUAAAUUAAUCAGAGACUACUACAUUGAUCCACCAUCGAAAGAGGCAUAUAACCUUCUGAAUCCAGAGAGACUAGAAUACUCCAAUGGACAGACCCCGUUUAUUGAUAGCAGGCUGAAUUACAUUGAAGGCGGAUUUUAUGUUGAAUGUGGAGCGUUGAAUGGAGAGAAAGGUUCUAAUACGCUGUUCUUUGAGAAAGUGCGGAAAUGGAAUGGUUUACUAGUGGAAGCUGAUCCAGACAACUAUAAAGUUCUGAAAACAAAGAACCGAAAGGCUUUUACAAUGCACGCUUGCCUUAAUCCACAGCCAUACCCUGCUCUGAUGACAUUCAACAAAGCAUUCAAUCGAGGUCGAGUUGUCCACAACCAAGAGGCUAAAGACUGGAUAAAAAAACAAUAUAUUGCCAAAGAUGAGGUACAGGUACAGUGUUUCCCACUUUAUUCCAUUCUGUUGGCCUUAAAUCAAUUAACGGUGGAUUUCUUUAGCCUGGAUGUGGAAGGUGAUGAAUUAAAUGUUUUGAAGACAAUUCCGUGGAACAAAGUGAAUAUAAAAAUGUUAACAGUAGAAUAUGUGCACGAGGUAGGUUCCUCCAGUGGCUUGAAAAGUUAUGUGGAACAACAAGGUUAUGAUUCGUUGUUGCAAGUUUCCAGGUGGGAUGGAGGUGUAAAUGAUAUAAUCUUCAGAAAGAAAGGGCUGACACAUUAGAACUGUAACUGACAGUCUUGAUAAUAAAAUGAUUUCAGUAUGUGUUUACCAUAAAAUGUUACUUAGUGCCAGGUCAGUGAAGUUAUUCGUAAGACUUUUUACUGGUAAUAGGCUUGUGUGAGAAAGCAUUUAAAUGUUUCAUUAUAACAGGACACACAUUAUACAAAUGAUCAUUUAUCUUUCCAUAAUUUAAAAUGAUUAAUGCUUAAUCAUUUGCACAUGUUUGUUAAAAGGGGUGUUUACCAGAAAGAUACUGAAUGAAUGGCGAACAGUGCAGAUCAUGAUUAAACUGCACGGAUGUGCAGGCUGAUCAUUAUCUACACUGUUUGCAAACUUUAAGGCAUAAUCAGUCAUGUCCAUUAUGAUAAAGGUUAAAAGACUUAUAAUGACCUGUAACUGCCACAUUUUUUGUUACAAAUAAGAAAAACUUUUAAUUUUUUGUUAACUUACUUUGGAUCAUUGUUUUCUCAAUAAUUUAUCAAAUGUAUGAAUAUUUGAUUCAGUAGAUAGCAGGAAGUAUUAUACAAUCUACUGGUUUUGUUUACCCCACUUUAUGAUGCAGUUCAUAUAAGAUCAUGUGCAAUAUUGAAAGUAGUGCUUUUCUAACCUUGUCAUUAGGCAUACUGUCUACAUGAACAGCAGAUUUAUUUGUUUUAACAUUAAAAGCCUUAUGGGACUUCCUUCCAUGUUAGAUUUUCACAGGAGGCAUUCUUUAAAGUUUUUAUUUUCCUGUCUUGUUGUCCAACUAAUAUAAGAGUUAUUUUAGCAAUAGGUUUAAUAAAGAAGUGAUAGGAACAUAAGAACUAUUGUUCUAUAUAAUGUCAAAGAUUUACAUUGAUAUGAAAUGUUGCAAAAAUGUGAUUGACCAUCUUUAAAGGCACUGGCCUCCAGAUUUUGGCUAGAUAAUUAUUUUUCUUUCAUAUUGAAGUUUGGUCAUAUGAACAUUAGAAUAUGAGUUUUUGUUUCUAAACUAUUAAAAAUGCCAAAUCAAGAAAAAAAAAGAUGACCGCGUCGGGAAUCAAACCCGGACCGCCGCGGCAAUAAAGGAGUUUUCUGCUGCCACUACCAAUAGCGCUAUGGAGGAUUUAGUGCUCAAUGCGCGUUAAAUAUACAUAUUUAUAAUCGAGGCAGUUAACCUCGAAUAAAGCGUUACAAAAUUUAAGUAAAAACAACUAAUUCUCGUGUGUUUCCGUAACAUAUAUUUUGUCAGUAAUUAAGUUUCAAAGCAUUCUUAAGAAAUAUAGCAUUAACUUCCAGAUAUCUAGCAGAAAAUCUUUUUUUGUUGUCGAAUGAUCUGGAAGCCAGGGCCUUUAACUGCACAAAGUAUUUAACAGCGAAUUGUUUUGAAGUCAGGUAAACAUAUGUGAUGUUUUUGUGCCCUCACCACUAAAAAUUAGGAUGGUGGGGGAGAUCAUAUACAUGUAGUGUUACCCCGUAUAUGUGACCCAUGCAAAAUCCAUUUGUCUGAUCUAAAGCUGUGGUAUAAAUGGAUGGACAUUGAGUGUACCUUGGCACAAACAUUUACCAUAACAAGGGAAUAUAAAAGUUAAAUCAUUUUAAGGUGAAAUCAAUAUUUAUGGUAAUUUUUCUUUUUCAUUCUAUAAGUUCAGUAUAUGUGUUCUGUUGUCAGUGGUAGCACAUCACAUACUGGGGGCAUCCGUGUCCUGUGGACACAUUUUAAGAUUCAUAGUGAAACACUCGCAGCAGUAUUUGUCAGUUUUAUUUAGAAUGGUAUAUACUUAGAAGUCAUACCAAUAUUUGCCUUUUUCAAGUUGUGUUCUAAGGGUUGUUGGUGGGGAAGUGCUUUUGUUUUUUUUGUGCAAAAUACCACAUUAUUCUAAUACUCAUAUUAGUAAGAUGGAGAGAGUAGUCUGUUAGAAAUUUGUACUAAAAGCUGAUAAUUCAACAUUCCUUAAUAUAAAUGACAGUAAUUAUGCUAUGUUUUAUUGUGAAUAUCUUAGCUUAUCAGUCUGCUUAUUGUUUACAUUUAUGCAUUUAUACAAAGUUGCAUUUUUAGGCCCCCAAAUGGAGGAACAUAGUAAUUUCACUGGAUGUCUCUGUACAUGAGUUCUUCUGUCUGCCUGAAACAUUUUAUGUCACAAAUAAAUUUUAACUGAUACUUGGAGUUUCAGGGAAAUGUUCAGUAAAAUUUGAUGAGGUUUGUAGGCAUAAGAGUCAGGUUAGUACCUUCAAGGUCAAAAUUAUAGGCAAGGACCCUUAUCUUAAAUAGGUUAGUACCUUGAAAGUCAAGGUUACAGGCAAGGAGUAACCUUAAACAGGUUGGUACCUUCAAGGUCAAAGUCACAGGCAAUAAACCUAACCCUAAACAGAUGGUACUUUCAAGGUCAAAGACGCAGGCAAUGAACCUAACCCUGAACAGUUGGUACUUUCAAGGUCAAAUUCACAGGCAAGGAUGCUAGAUACAUUAAAGGUCAACCUCUAAGGCAUGGGCCCUAAGUAUAUACAGUUGGAACCUUCAAGGUCAAAGUCACAGGCAAUGAACCUGUCCGUAAAUAGUAGGUACCUUCAAAGUCAAUAUCACAGACAAGGAUCUAACCAUAUACAGAUGAUACCUUCAAGGUCAAAGUCACAGGCAAGAACCUAACCCUAAACAGUUGGUACUUUCAAAGUCAAUAUCACAGACAAGGACCUAACCAUAUACAGAUGAUACCUUCAAGGUCAAAGUCACAGGCAAGAACCUAACCCUAAACAGUUGGUACUUUCAAAGUCAAUAUCACAGACAAGGACCUAACCAUAUACAGAUGAUACCUUCAAGGUCUUGGUCACAGGCAAGAACCUAACCCUAAACAGUUUGCAUCUUCAAAGUCAAUAUCACAGACAAGGACCUAACCAUAUACAGAUGAUACCUUCAAAGUCUUGGUCACAGGCAAUGAACCUAACCCUAUACCUUACUAAAAUCCUUGCCUUAACUCAUAGACAAGAACACUCUGCUUGAGGGGUCUUUGUCACUUUCCAUUUAUUGAUUUUGUCUAAUGUAGUGUUAUUGUAGAAAUUAUUUGUGAAUAUGAAAUUUAUAUAUCGGAUGUAGAUAGUAGUCCCUUAAACUAUAAUAUUUUCAGUUGAUACAUGUGUGUAUAUCAUUUAGAAUAUUUGAAUAUGCAAUUUCUUUUAACUGAUUUGAUUCAUAUUAUUUUUUGAUGGAUUCUGUACUGAAAUUACUGACAAAAUGAUUGAUCUUUUUUUUUUAUUCACAUUCUUCGCAAAUAACAAUUUCAGCAUAAUUGUUCUUAUAUUGUACUAGUUUCUGAGAAUUGUUUUUAUUUGGUGCUUGUUUGAUAAUUUUGAAAUUUAGACAUGGUUAUAUUUGAAUAUGCAAUUUCUUUUAACUGAUUUGACUCAUAUUUUUUUUUUUUUUAUGGUUUCUAUACUGAAAUUACUUAUAAAAUAAUUGAUCUUUCUUUUAUUUUUGCACAUUUUUUUGCAAAUAACAACUUCACAGCAUAAUUGUUUUACAUUGUACUAGUGUCUGAGUGUCUGAGCAUUGUUUUUAUUUGGUGCUUGUUUUGUAAACUUGAUUUGAUAAAAUUUGGACAUGAUUGUGAUUGGCUAAAUUUACCACACUUCUCAGACACUGAGCUACAAAAAUUGGAAGAGAUAUUAUAGUUUAGUGUAAAAAUAUGUUGAUUGGCAAAUAUAACAAAAGCCAAAAUAGAAUCCACAUGUUUUAUUAUAAUCAGAGGGUGGAGGAGUAAAGUGAGCAUUGUCAAAAAAUCUCAAAGUACAUUCGUGUAAACUCUUUUUAUAUUGUUUUCAGUAUUUAAUUUUGUUGUUAAUGUUUCCUCAGUAUUAAAAUUAUUUUUUAGCCUCAACGUUUUGUUACUGUAACUAGUCAGUUGUGCAUUUUUAUUUUGAAACUUCUUGUCAGUAUUGUGUUAGUAUAUAUUUAUACAAAUUUGUUGUAAUCUGAAUUUGUUUUGUGAGCUUCAUUAGUAUUCUUUGUGUUCUUAUCCAGUUUAUAGAUUUUGCUUUUUUAGGUAGUGUUUUUCCAAUUUGUUUACAACUGAACAAACUUCAGACAUUAUUGAAAUAAUUAAUGGUCAGUACUAACGCCAAAAGAACAAUAUGUUAUUUUUUUUCAGCAGGUGCUAAAUGUAAAAAUGUGCAAUAUGAUGAAAUAUACUUUAAAGGGGCUCACCAUCCAUUCUAUAUUAUUCUUUUAUGUUAGAUUUAGUUUGUACUAAAUUGUAAAGAAAAAGCAAAAAUAGUUUAUUGAGUUCUACGCAAUAUUAGUUUGUUUUUGUAACCUGUAGAAUAUAUUAUAGAAUAGUUCUUUUAGUAUCACAGUAAAAUUUUUAUUUGAGUAGAAUUUGUUGUUAAAAAAAUCAACCUGAAUAAUACUGAUUUAGAAUUUUUUAUACUUUGUACAUGAUUUGUCCCAAAAUUAUAAAGCUGAUUUUAGAGGUUUGAGUCUACAAAUGCAACCCUGCCAAUGGCCAGUUUCAAAAUUAUGGUCAAAAACAAGGAAUUGGGUGCAAAAGUUUUGAGACUGACUCUGGUUAAAUGCAAAUUCAUGUAUGUGACCAUGAUCUCAUUCUGAGUAUUUUUUAGUGUUUCACUCAAAAUUCUUUCAUGUUAUGAUUUUAUAGUUAUCAACAUGUAGGUCCAGUAUUAAAAUAAUAAAUAUAAUAUAAUUAAAAAAAUUCAACCACAACAAUUUCACAUGACUUGCUUGAGAGACCAUGUCUGUUAAGAGACAAUUUUUGUUGAGCUCGUUUAUGGAAGUGAAGACAUAGUCGUCCAAAUGGGUGUGUGCGUGCAGCGUGCGUCCGUCUAUGUGUCAGUCCGUCCGGAUUUAUUUGUCCGGACCGUAACUUUGACAUGCAUGGAGCAAUCUUCUUUUAUAUUUGGCAUGGAAGUUAACCUCAGUGAGACUGAGUAUCAUCUGCAAACCCCAGGUUCCUACCUCUAAGGUCAAGGACACAUUUAGAGGUCAAAGGUCAUGUCAGAUUUUACAUGGUGCCCUUGGGCAUCUAGUUUCAAUUCCCAUUUGUGUUAACACAAAACAAAUUAUGUCGUCUUAAAAGACCAGUUGUGUUAAGAGACCAUUGUUUGUCCUUCCCUUAGGUGGUAUCUUAAUGCCAGUUGUACUGUACUUUUGUGAUUCUAGAAUGCUGUGUGCAGAAUUUUGAAUAGUGACGAUCCUGUACAAGUAUGAAAUUGCAGUCACUUAUAAAUUAUCUAUAGAUAGCUGAAAUACCAGGCAGAUAAAUCAAAAAAAUUAUUUGGUACAUAAGCUGGUUUUAUAUGUAAUUUUGUAUAGCAUUUUUGCUUUUUAGGUUGACUUUUUUCGAAGAAUAGAUAGAGCUAUGUUACUCACCCAUUUGUCGGCAUCACAGUUUGGUUAAGUUUUUGUAUGUAAGCUGGUAUCUCGCAAAGAACUGUUGGGAAUGGAUUGAAACUACACACACACUUAUUCACUGUACUGCACCUACAUUCGCUGCUCAGUUCUCAUUGCUCUGUUUUGCUUUUUGUAAGCCCGUUUGAAAAAAGUGGGAUGUAUUGUGUUUUUGCCCUUGCGGUUGGACAGAAAAAUGGGAAUCCUUUCAAUUUCUUGAGUAUUUUAAAUCAGAACUGAACCAAACUUAUAUGAAGUGCGUAUCUCUAUAACAUCUUGGCCAAGUUUGAUAACCAGCCAGUUUGAAUCGGUAUCUCCUGAGUUAUGGCCCUUGAAUUAGUCAAAACUGCCAAAAUUGACAGUGUCUGCAUGAUAACUUUUACAAAAAUUUUGGCCAUAGGAAAAACUAGACCAUUUUUCUGUAUUUUGAUCUAUUCUUUAUAAUUUUAUAAUUAGCGGAAGGGAAAAAUGGAGGCCAUUUUUUGUGGUACAACAUAGAUGUUACUUCCAAGUUUGAGGUGUAAUUUAACAUAUCUCUACCUGGUAAUGAUUUUUUGUGGACUUAUAAAACGCUUAUUUUUCAAACUUUUUAACCUGGUUGUUGGAAUUGGAUAUGCCAUUGUUUGGGCUGUGGGUCUACCAAACUUGUACAGAAUAUGUUUUGCGUUUUAAAUAUAACAUAAACAUCAAGUUUGAUAAGUAGUUACUUUAGGCCAGUGUCUUUACAGUUAUGGCUCUUGAGUUAUUGAAAAUUGCCAAAGUUUGAAUCAUAUAAUAAGAAUUUAUUUCUAAAUCUAUCAUUUUGAAAUGAUGCUCUGAGAAUUACAACACAACCACAGAAGUAAAAUUCCAUUUGCAAAUACAGGUACUACUAUGACGUUAUUUGCUAUGACGGGCAUCCAUUGUGACAUUCUGGCACUCUUGUUUACAAAAUUACGGCAUUUAUAUUGCUCUUUAUCAACUUUGCAAUUUUGGUUAAGUUUUGUUUGAAAGCUGGUAUCUCAAUACCCACAAAUAGGAAUUUAUUGAAACUUCACAAGCUUGUUCACUAUGAUGAUAUUUAAUAUUUGGACGUUCAACAUGUCCUAAACACAGUGUCAAGUUUAAUGGAAUGACAGCUGUUUGCAUAGCAAAAAUUUCAGCCUUGUUUUAUUGAAGUGCAAUGUAGGAAAAGUCCCAAACACGUGAUAUAUUUGUUCACCAAUCAUUUCCCCGAAGCAUUACACAGUCUCUUCUAGCAUAAUUAAUGAAAUAUUAUGUACAAUGCAACUCCAAAAAAUAUACAGAAUUAAUUAUACAUGCUUAGACGAAUACAAAUACGUUAAACCUAUGGCACUAGUAAAACAAACCUGCGGUCAUUAUUUGAUGCAAAGGUACCACGAAUGCAUAUUGACUGGCCUUUGAAACUGCUUUGAUAUUAACUUGUAACUAUAUGAAAGAACUUUUAAUUAGAUUACCACAGAUAAAUGCUGGUAACAGCUAUCGACUAUAUAUACACACAACAUAGACAAUACAUACCGUAACGGGACGCAUUGUUUAUAAAAUCUGACCAUGAGAAUAUUUAUGCCCCCAGCAUCUACUGAUGCGGGAGGCAUAUAGUGAUUGUCCUGUCCGUCCGUUCAUUCGUCCGUCCGUCAGUACGAGGUUAACCAAAUAGGACCGUUUCGUCUAGCAUCAAUACCCCUUACUAGAAUGACUUGAUACUAAUGCAGAUGUAUCCUGUGACCAUUCCUCAUCUUCAGACAUCACCUGACCUCAGUUUGACCUUGACCUUGACCUCAUUUUGGACUUAGGUUGCUUUAUAUGGGCCAUCUCUUGGUUAACCAAAUAGGACCAUUUCGUCUAGCAUCAGUACCCCUUACUAGAAUGAUUUGAUACUAAUGCAGAUGUAACCUGUGACCAUUCCUCAUCUUCAGACAUCACCUGACCUCAAUUUGACCAUGACCACAUUUUGGACUUAGGUUGCUUUGUAUGGGCCAUCUCUUGGUUAACCAAAUGGGACCGUUUCGUCUAGCAUCAAUACCCCUUACUAGAAUGACUUGAUACUAAUGCAGAUGUAACCUGUGACCAUUCCUCAUCUUCAAACAUCACCUGACCUCAGUUUAACCUUGACCUCGACCUCGUUUUGGACUUAGGUGCAAAAUCUAUCGACAAGGAUGCCACUAGGGGCAUCAAGCGUUUAUUGAACGCAGCUCCUUGUUUCUGUCUAAAUUCAUUCUUUAUAAUAAAGAAGAUUUGACAAUUCCUUGUUUUGGUGCGAAAGUGAAUGGAUGUAAAUUUCAGUUUCAAAGCAUGGACAGAUUUUCGGUGCUUUCAGUAAGACAGUAUGUUCAAUUGAUGUGUAAAAUAGGUUUCUUUGUCCAUUGUUGGUACUUAGCUUUCGCCUUUUAGUAACUUCCAUCAUGAACUUGUAAAACCUUCCGCAAGAUAUUUCGUGGAAAGCUGUACCAGGAAAUUUAGAACUUCCAUAAAACUUCAAGACUAUAUGAAAUUUCGAAAUCGUAAAAUAUGGAGGUCCGACGUUUAUUUAUAGAAUUAUACGAUGAUCUGACAUGCAUUGCUCAGGUUCCAUUACUCUGUUUGCAUUUUAACAAUAGUAUACCCCUUUUUAUGCCCCCGGCAUCUGCUGAUGCGGGAGGCAUCUAGUGAUUUACUAGAAUGACUUGAUACUAAUGCAGAUGUAACCUAUGACCAUUCCUCAUCUUCAGACAUCACCUGACCUCAGUUUGACCUUGACCUCAUUUUGGACUUCGGUUGCUUUAUAUGGGCUACCUCUUGGUUAAGCAAAUGGGACCAUUUUGUCUAGCAUCAAUUCCCCUUACUAGAAUGAUUUGAUACUAAUGCAGAUGUAACCUGUGACCAUUCCUCAUCUUCAGACAUCACCUGACCUCAGUUUGACCUUGAACUUGACCUCGUUCUGGUCUUGGGUUGCUUUGUAUUGACAAGGAUGCCACCGGGGUCAUCGAGCGUUUAUUGAACGCAGCUUCUUGUUUGACUUCUGUUUUCAUCAAUUUCAUUUUCUUUAGUGAUAUGACUUUUGAAUAGUCGAGCAUUGCUGUCCUAUGACAGCACUUGUCUUUUUCAUUUUCUCUGUUAUCAUAUUUUAUUUAUAAUGUUUAAAACUGUUGAAAGAAUCUCACAAAGAUACCAAAAAAGGCUAAAAAAAAUAUGUUUUUCAUUUCAGCCUAGUUUUUGUAAAUUAAUUAUAGUAUGAUGGAAUUGUUAUAAACCUUGUAUGUAUGUGUCUUUAUAAUCAGUAAAUCAUUUAUUGUAGUUUGA